AACAAUCAGCUGCUUACGUGGAAUUACACGUGGCAGAUACCCUGACUGUAAGUUAUUAAUUCUUUCAUCACAGCCAGUUAAGUUAGGAAACGGUAAACCCGAUUUUUCUAUUCCGGAAAUACCCCUAUAAAGUUGCUAGAAUUACGAACUAACUUCAUCUGUUUUUUUUUUUUCCCGUUUCUCACUCUAUCCCUAAACCGAACCAAACUUUAUAAUCCCCACCAUACAGCCUUGCCACUUCUGUUGCAUGCCCCUCUUAUUUGUCUCUUUCUUUUUCAUUUCAUCCCCUGCUUAAAAACCAAAGCAAACCAAACUCAAACGCAAUCUUUUUCUACAAUCUAUGGCUGUUGAAGCUAGGCAUAUCAAUCUCUUCCCACCUCAAUUCUUAGGAAACAGGGAAAUGAUGAAUCCCAUUGAAGCAAACGGGAAUAUGUUUCAAACCCAGAUGGGAUAUGGGGUACCAUUAUUAGGAACAACAACGGCGGCAACAGAUGGAUUGCUUCCUUUAUACAACUCUUUGGUUACUGAUUCAAUCCAUCAAAAGGCUGCAGCAGCGAUGAAAUCAGAGAGUAGUUUGACGAACAACAAUCUUCCGUUACCGAGGAAGCGUUCGAGAGAUUCUAUUAAUCCAAUCCUUUAUUUCCCUUGUCCACUUCAACAACCCCAUAACACCAACAACAACAACAUCAACCAAAUUUGCUCUCCUUUUUCUUUUCUUGGCCAUGAUAUUUCUCUUCAUAUGGAGCAGCAACAAUUGGAUAUUGAUCACCUCAUCUCCCAACAUAUGAAUAAAGUGAAGAUGGAAAUAGAGGAAAAUAGGAAAAGGCAAGCAAGGAAAAUAAUGGAGGCCAUUGAAGAAGGAGUAAUGAAGAAAGUAAGAGCCAAAGAGGAAGAAAUUGAGAAAAUUGGAAAAUUAAAUUGGGCACUUGAAGAAAGGGUGAAGUCACUCUGUAUAGAGAACCAAAUUUGGAGAGACUUGGCUCAAACCAAUGAGGCCACGGCCAACGCCCUACGGACCAGCCUAGAACAAGUCCUUGCAGCGCAGGUUAAGGAGGACCACACCCGUGGCGUAGGAUUCGAGGAGGCUGCGUCAGACGAGAUUGACGAUGCGCAAUCAUAUUGUGGCAGCAGUUGGGAAGUGGAGAGGCGCACGUUAGCAGAGGAAGGAGCGGAGAAAAAAUUGAAGGAAAAUAACAAUAAUGGUGACCAAGAAGACAGCAGGCUGUGCAGGAAUUGUAGGAAGGAAGAAUCGAGUGUGUUGCUGUUACCAUGCAGGCAUUUAUGCUUGUGUACUGUUUGUGAGUCUAGUCUUCUCAUUUGCCCUAUUUGUAAAUCCACAAAAAAUGCUUAUGUUCAUGUUAACAUGUCGUAGAAGAAAUAUAAAUUACACACCCAAAAAAAAAAUAAAAAACAAAAUGUUUCAAGAAGAAAUGUUGGAACCAAAAUUUUUGUAAUUAGUUAGAUUAAUGCUUUAUUUUUUCUUAUUUUUUACUUUGGUUUUUAGAUCAUAUAAGUACGUUAGUUUUCGUUACUUAUAAUAUUUAGUUCGUAAAUCUUUGGACAAGAUGGAGUAAAUUGUGAAUUUAUGUUAAUUUGGAUUCAGGAUGUAUCGCGUUUGCUUUGAGUAGAUUGUUGAUUUUUUUGUUAAAUCAAAUUAAUUGGAUCAAAUUAGAUUUAAAUGAAAUUUUCGAACUCGGAUAAUUAUAUUAAUUCUGCUUCUAACAUUUACUCUGUUCUGUUAUCCUCUCGGUCUGGAAACAGUUAAAAAAAUAAUAAAUAUGGGCGCAUAUUAGAAAUUUGACGGCGUAUGUUAGCAAAGGAAGUUAAAAAACAAAGCUGGAAGGGAAAGUGUGGGACCCAACGAGGGCAACUACACGACAGAUAGAGAGGGAAGAAGCUAAGCAAACAGUAGACACGAGCGCAGGGGUGACGCGGUGGAGCAGGUGGAGUCAACGAGGUGAGAGUGAAAAGGUACUGUUGUGAGUCAAAGCUGACACGUUGGACGCGCGCAAAUGCCGCUGUUUGCCGGUAAUCCCCGCCCAUACACACGAUAA